GCGGAAGAUUCAAAAAAAGAAGAUGGCGACGAGGAAAGAUCCCCAAAACACUCGCAAAUUGGACAGAUGGGUUAGUAAAUGCAACAUGUUCUUCAGCCAUGAAAUGCCAACUGGAAACCAGUCUGUGGUCUUUAACCCGGACUUCUAUGUGGAGAGAUUAAGACAUGAACAUCCGCAGACCUUCAUAGAUUUGGUGCUUAGCAACAUCACUCGACUGAUAGAUCUGCCAGGGGAUGAGUUUGCCCAGCUGACUGGAGAAUUGGAGCCCAGAGUUCCCUCUUCCACUGGUUUUCUGCGCUCCUUCAACUUCCUCAGACGGAAAGAAAAGGGAGUCAUUUUUGGGGCACCUUUAACUGAAGAAGGAAUAGCACAGAUCUAUCAGCUCAUUGAAUACCUGAGUAAAAAUCUGCAUGUGGAGGGGUUGUUCCGGGUGCCAGGCCACAGCUUAAGACAGGCAGCCCUCAGGGAGAUGCUGAACGCUGGGGCUGACAUAGAUCUAGAGACAGGAGACUUCCACCCCAAUGAUGCAGCCUCGUUGCUUAAAAUGUACCUAGGAGAGCUGCCUGAGCCUCUGCUCACGCACAGACAUUAUCUUGCUCACUUGAAGAUUGGAGAGUUGACUCUCUUUGAUGAAAAUGGGGACAAGACAAGCAACCCAGAUAAGGAACACCAGAUUGAGGCAUUUCAGCUGCUUUUCAUGCUUCUCCCACCAGCCAACCGCAGCAUGUUGAAGUUGCUGCUAGACCUAUUGUACCACACAGCUCGCAAUCAACACGUCAACAAGAUGUCUGCUAUUAACUUGGCAAAAAUGUUUGCUCCGCACAUCAUCUGGCCCAAAAAUGUGAUGGCAAGUGAUCUUCAGGGGAACAUAGAGAAGCUGAAUAAUAACAUAGCAUUCCUCAUCAGGUACUCGCAAAAACUGUUCAAGGCUCCUGUGUAUAUCAAAGAAUAUGCCCAGUUUGUCUACAGAGGAUCAAAAAGUCUUCAGUUAAGUGAUGAUUUAAGCGUCUGUUCUGAGACCAACGAUGGCUCUAUGGCUGCGAUAACUGCUGCCUCUCCGUCUCCCUCAAUAAGAACAACCGCAGGUGAGAUUUGCAGCAGCAUCAAGUCGUCUGAGACUCAGAGUUACACUGAGUCUGCCCUCAGAGAACUGUACCAGCAGGUCAGCAUCAUGCCAGAGUCUGCCAAGAAGAAGAAGCUCAUCAGACAGUUUGAAAAGCAGCCUGAGCAGACUCCUUUGGCACACUCUCAGACACCGUUCAUCAGGAGACACUUGCGCUCACGCUCUUUGGGUGAAGUUAUUAAGGAGAGCAGAGCAGAAAGUGAGAGGAGGACAGACGUGUGCAGACCAGAGCGCACCAACUCCACAAAGACAAGACAGGAGAAGAGUUUGGAAGGAGAGCACAAGAAACCAAAAAGAUUUUUUUAA